AUGCGCGAGGGAAUCCUCUUAGGGAAUCUCCUUGCUGCUGCACCUCGACCUCGACGCGCUUUCGCCAACGUCAUAGAGCUGUGCCUCUACAACAGCGUCAUGGCCGCCCAAGAGCGUCGGACGCGCUUCGGCUGGUUCUGGUGCGGCUGCCGCCCGCCCAGCAUGGCCCGCUCGUUCGGCAGCCUUGGCGGCUACGUGGGGGACUACGGCGUCGGCCACGGCACCGACAGUGUCUUCGCAGACGUCCACCUGUACACGACCGCCGGGGUGACCUUCGAGGUUGGCGGCAAGACCGUCCCGUGCGAGCCGCGGUCCAGAUGGCCCUGGGAGGGCACCGUCAAGUUCUCCAGCUGGCCGCCCCCGCCGCAGACGUUAGCCCUAGCCCGCGGCCCCAUCGUCUACUGCACCGGAGACGCGGACGACGCCUGGGAGACGAAUCACUUCAAAGACGUCGCCAUUCAUCAAGAAGAGGAAUCAUCUGGGGUCGUCACAGAAGGGGGGCGAGUCCAUGAGCCAACCGGCGAGGAGUACGUAGCGUUGCGGACGAGGUACCGGAUGCGCGCUCUGCACGGCUAGAUAAGGGCUUCCGGGGCGAACGCGAGAAAGUGUUGAGAAACUUAUGGCGAGGAGAU